AUGAAACGGUAUAACGGCAAAGAAUUGUCCUAUGGCCCGCACAGCCUAAGAAGAUCGAAGCGUUUCUGCAACCAUACAAGCGAUAAGACAAGUGCCUACUUCCGAUUUCUGGACCUCUCCCCAAAGAUCAGAUGUUUGUGCUACGAGAAGAUCUGUACAAACACCAUCGAAACCGUGAGAUUCUUCCUUGCUGUUCACGAAUACAGCAGAGAGAGUGAUUUUUUCGAUCAAUGGGCUCAAAGGGAACUCCUGCUACUCACAUUCUCUUCACUUGAUGAUGCCGAAGGCUUGUUGCCCAGUUCACAAAUCGCGAUUUCCGACCAGGAACGAACCAUGACAAAGUCGCACAGCAGGGCUUCCUCACAGCAGCUUACCGAGGUUCCACUGGCUUACAAUAUCUGGAAAUAUGGUCAUAUUGCCAUCACAAUGCAGCCAUCGAGAGCUGAACACCCUUAUUUCGGUGUAGUGCAGACGAAAUUGCUCCCAGAAUUAUCCGAGGACUGGUGGUUGGCAUCAGCUAGUCGGGUGGUCGUGCAGCCCCAUAAGAAUCUGGACAUACUUUCUGCGACAAAGGACAGCUUUCGAAAAUUGAAGCCGAAGUACGACUGUAAGAUGCUAAGCAUUCAGGGCUUUGAUGACUACGGCGAUCUAAAGAACCAGGAGAAAUUGUGCACCUUGGAAGAAUGCGAUGAUUUUGACUUCCACCGAAAUUUGUUGAAUCCUGGGGAGAUCUUGAAGCUGCUGAACCAACUUAUCCUUCGACUUUCUGGCGUUCAGCAUACGGAGCGGAAAAUCAAACAAGCAAUCCAAUUCAUCGGUGCAGUUAAGGUUAACUGGGCUCACAGCAAAUAUCGUUUUGACCUUCCGGCAGACCUUGACGCUCAAGCACAGUUUUUGCGUCGUGUUUCUGAGUGCGAAGCACAGUUGCAAGCAUUGCUCAGUUCGAGGGGGAUAGUAGACUUGAAUACGAAAGAUCGACACGGGCGCAAAAGAGGGAUAACAGUAUAG